UCCUGUCGAAUUGGAAUGACUGCUAUCACCAAAAUCAGUGCGUCGUCGUGAAAAAUGCUUUUGUCGUGAUAUUAUUCCUUGGUAAGUUGCAUCAGAAGACGGUAGAUUCGGCCCCACACAGUGCUGCGGCGUUCACUCAGCCCGGUCGCUGGUUUCGAGCUUGUGUUGCUGCAAAUUUCGAACUGACGUCCGUGAUCUCUGCAUUUAAACCGCCACAUGUAUUUAAAUUAAUCAUUUCAGCGAAUCCCGACAUUUAAAAUCUUUGAUCCUUUGAGUUAUGCGGUUUCAUCAUCUGGGGCCUCUGAGGUCCAUUCGCCGCUACAGUCGGGUUGCUGACAGUCAAGCCAAACGAUGGGAGUACUUUAGUUUGGUGAUCAAAGGCAAUAAGGGCUAUCAGGCUUUGGUCAUUGACAAGCUGCGUGAAUACGUCAAGACGCGACAGGAGACACAGCAAUGGGCAGCUGAUCCGAAAGCAUCAAAUAGCUCUCUGGUUCUGUUAGCUUCGCGUGAUAUUGCAUCGUGGCUCGAAGACAAGCAAUUCAUGUCAGACUUCCUGGGAACCCUUCAGAUAUCGAGGAGGGCCGAGGGGACGGCCACAAUUGAUGUCUUGUCGGGCGUGACGGAGGGCCUAAACUCUCACAGACUCAUGGGACAACCACGGUCAGGGCUAUCAGUUCUGUACGGGACACAGAACAUGCUGCCCCGUCUGUGGGAUCAGACGGACACGGAAACACGCAUCGACCCGGAUCGGGCGGCGUCUGUGUCACUCUCCACAGCCAUCGCCGGGAAGCCUUUCAACUCCAGCAUCACAAUUCCACUCGCGAACACACUAUUCCAGAACGGACGGCGCUCUACACUGUUCGCAACCCGAUAUGAGACAGACUCGUCUGGCCGUAUCGAGCCUAUAUUAACGCAGGACAAAAGCCACCAGGAUAUUGAGUUCGUGACCGAGUUAGGCCCAAUGUUCAAGCCUCAGUUGCCGCUGCUACCCCUUACGCCUCCAAGGAAGAUUGUUGCAGGGUUAGGAAACAUUGUACGACAAAUUGAGAUUGACGGUGUGCCCUCGCCGGCGUCGAAGGAGUUGGAAGUACUCAUUCCUCAACUUCUCGAGAAGCGAACCUCUCAAAGCGCCGUGGGCAUAUGGGCCGUUGUGAUUCCAGCGCAUGUGAUGGAAGCGGGGGCAUUUGCUAAACUGCGACCCUUCAACGAGCAUGUGAAUGACGGGAGGAUGAAGGAACGACAGCUGGUGGAGAAAAACAGUCGGAUAUUCUGGGGCUUCAAUCAUUAUGGUUUCCGCAUCCACAAGAUAUUAAGCGGAGGCGGUGGAUGGGGGGCCAAAGCCGGGCUACUCUCGUUGGACCCAGACACGAGCUACACCAGACCAGACCAGGAAAACAUCGACGACUUCAUCAAGGCGUUCGAAGCCAGGAACAGCGAGGACUCGUCACAAGGGAUUGUAGCACCAGGAUCAUACAUAUUGUUCUGCGCGCAGCCAGACCUGCCUCGGAAUGCGAACCAGGGCGCGCCUACCAAUCGCGGGUGGUACUUUGGUGUCUCUGAGAAGAAGGAGCUGGAGGCCCCGCAACCGGAGAAGGAAGUUGAGAACGAUGCCUGGGUGGUCCCUCGGCUGUUCUCUGCCAUGUCGUCGGAAGGCCUUUACCUGAAGCUGGACUCUCCGGGGCACGAGGGGGCGAUCAAGGAAUAUCCCUUUACGACGAAGAUCGAUGUGCCUCACGCAUAUCUCAGACAUGCGGGUUUCUAGGACCGAGACCCAGAGCAAGGAAGAAAAGUUCUGUGUAAACUUGUGUAUUUAUAGUAGAGCUGUGUAAAAGCUGAUUUGGGCGUGGAAACUGUACAUGGUAUGAAAUAAAAAGUAAAAAGUAAAAAGGUACUGGUGUGCUGCAGGUUGGUACAAGACCAAGGAAAUGAAAAAGGACGUCAUGGCUUGCACUUAUUCAAAUGAUGCCUCGACAGUGUGGAGGGAGCGGCUCUACACGAACAUAGUGUGCAGCUAAUGUAGGUUGCCUUUCUUGAUGGUGGUGUUCUUGGGCUGCGUACAGA